AUGGGGAAAGGACAGACCUCCAUUUUCCAGCUCUUCACAUAUGCUGAUAUAGUUGAUCGGUUUCUGAUGUUUUUGGGCAUAGUGGGAUGCAUUGGCGAUGGCAUGAUGAAUCCUUUAAUUAUGUUGAUUCUCAGUAGAAUGAUCAAUGCUUAUGGGACUGCAGGUCACUUGAUCACCAGUGCCGACAUCGACAAGUACACCAUCAAGUUACUAAUUGUGGCAUCUGGAGUUGGAAUAAGCGCUUUUCUGGAGGCAUCGUGUUGGUCCAGAACUGCUGAGAGACAGACAUCACGCAUGAGGAGGAAGUACCUUGAAUCUGUCUUGAGCCAAAGUGUCAGUUUCUUCGACACCAACACUUCUACAACAGCUACAUAUGAAGUAGUCUCGAGCAUCUCAUCCGAUGCCGACACAAUUCAAGAUGUUCUAAGUGAGAAGAUACCCCACAUCCUCUCCAAUGUUUCAGGAUUCUUCUCCUCUAUCAUAGUAGCCUUCAUACUCUCAUGGAGGCUGACAUUAGCUUCUCUCCCAUUGUCUCUUUCUUUCAUUGUUCCUGGGGUUGUUUAUGGAAAGCUACUGAUGAAGGUGGGAGUGGAUAUGACAGAGGCAUAUGGAAUUGCAGGAGGAAUAGCAGAGCAGGCAAUCUCUUCAAUCAGAACAGUAGUCUCAUAUGUUGGAGAGAGAAGGACUCUGGAGAGGUUCAAACAAGCUCUUGAAAGAUCUACAGCACUUGGGAAGAAACAAGGCUUUAUAAAGGGAGUAGUCACUGGGAGCAUGGGGAUGGUUUAUGCUGUCUGGAGUUUUGAUGCAUGGUUUUCAAGUUAUUUGGUGAUAAAAAUGGGAGCUAAAGGCGGCCACGUUUUUAUUGCUUCAAUAUGUGUGAUCAUGGGGGGACUGUCUAUUAUAAGUGCACUCCCCAAUGUCAAAUACUUCUCUGAGGCAAUAACUGCUGCUUCAAGACUGUCCGAAAUGAUUGAGAGCAUCCCUCCUCAAAACUCCAAUGAAGCAAGAGGAGAAACUAUAGAAGAGCUAAGGGGAGAAAUCAAAGUCAAGAAUGUAUUUUUCACUUACCCAUCAAGACCUGAUAGCACAGUCCUCUGUGGCCUCAAUCUUAAGGUGGCAGCAGGUCAGACCAUUGGCUUGGUUGGUGCUAGUGGUUCCGGCAAAUCCACAGUCAUCUCUUUACUUCAAAGGUUCUACAAUCCAGACAAAGGAAAAAUCCUCUUGGAUGGUCACAAUAUCAGAAGACUGAAGCUGAAGUGGCUCAGAUCUCAGAUGGGCCUGGUCAGUCAGGAGCCAAUUCUCUUCGCAACUUCUAUCAAAGAGAACAUAUUAUUUGGUAAUGAGGAAGCCUCAAUGGAUCUCAUCAUCAGGGCAGCAAAGGCAGCGAAUGCACAUGAUUUCAUCACUAAAUUACCAAAUGGAUAUGACACCAAUGUAGGGCAAUUUGGUUUUCAGAUGUCUGGAGGGCAAAAGCAAAGGAUAGCAAUUGCCAGGGCACUGAUCAGAAACCCAAAGAUACUGUUGCUAGAUGAAGCUACCAGUGCUUUGGAUGCCCAAUCUGAGAGACUUGUGCAAGAUGCACUAGAUCAGGCUGCAGUAGGGAGAACAACUAUUAUAGUCGCUCACCGGCUUACUACGCUUAGUAGAGCAGAUAUGAUUGCUGUUCUUCAGAGAGGGAAAGUGGUAGAAUUCGGUAACCAUGAUCAGCUCAUCCAAAAUUAUGGGGAAGAUGGAAUCUACUCUAGAAUGGUACAACUACAGAAAGCAGCUGCCAGAGAAGAAGUUCCACAAACAGAGAAGAGAAGUCCAAGUAGGACGAUGAGCACAGUGAAUUCAUUUGGUUCAAGCAUGUCUAGCAGUGAAGAAGAUUCAUUUGAAGAAGAAGGCGAUUCUUCAGGUCUAAAACAAGGACAAUAUAAGCAUUCUAAGCCCUCUCAAUGGCGUCUAAUGAAAAUGAAUAAGCCUGAGUGGAAGAGAGGAGUGCUAGGGAGCAUUGGUGCAAUUACAGUUGGUGCAAUCCUGCCCAUAAAUUCCUUCUGCUUGGCUUCGGUUCUCUCUGUCUACUUCCUCCAAGACAAUGACCUUAUCAGGUCAAAGACCAGAUUAUAUUGCUUCAUAUUUAUAUCCUUCGCUCUCAUCACUCUUGUUGCAAAUAUCAUGCAACACUACAUUGGAUUCAUGGGAGAGUGCUUGACGAAGAGGGUGAGGGAAAACUUUUUAGAGAAGGUUCUGUCCUUUGAGAUUGGGUGGUUCGACGAAGAUAAAAACUCGAGUGCAGCAAUUUGUGCAAGGCUAGCCACAGAAGCCAACCAGGUUCGGUCCCUCGUCGGAGACCGUCUAUCCCUGCUACUCCAGGCCAUUUCAGGGAUUUCACUCUCUUUCAUACUGGGACUUGUGAUCACAUGGAGGCUAUCAAUUGUGAUUAUCGCCGUCCAGCCUCUGAUCAUAUCCAGUUACUAUCUGAGAAGAGUUCUGCUCAAAAACAUGUCCAAGAAGGCCAAGAAGGCCCAAAUUGAAGGAAGUCAGCUAGCAAGUGAAGCCGUAGUGAACCACAGAACCAUCACUGCAUUCUCUUCUCAGAAGAGGAUGUUGACCCUCUUCGACAUUGCUCAAGAAGGGCCAAGGAAGGAGAACAUCAGGCAGUCUUGGUCCUCAGGCCUGUGCCUGUUCCUCUGCCAGUUCACUCUCACAGCCUCGACGACAUUGGCCUUCUGGUAUGGGGGGCAGCUAAUCAAGAAAGGCCUACUAACCCCCAAACAAUUGUUCCAAGCUUUCUUCAUCCUAAUGAGCAUAGGUAGAUUUAUAGGAGAUGCAGCAAGCAUGACCUCUGAUUUGGCAAAGGGUGCAGAUGCAGUCGGGUCGGUUCUUGAAACACUUGACAGGAAAAGGAUGAUCGAGCCAGAUGAUCCAGAAGGGAUUAAGGAGAACACUGCCAUUACAGGCAAUAUUGAGCUCAAGAAUGUGUCGUUUCAUUAUCCAACAAGACCUGGAAGGAUGAUUCUAAAUGGACUGAGUCUGAAGAUUGAUGCUGGGAAGACGGUAGCAUUGGUUGGAGAGAGUGGCUCCGGCAAAUCUACUAUCAUAGGGUUGAUUGAAAGAUUCUAUGACCCAUCGAAGGGCUCUAUAGAAAUUGAUGGAAACAACAUCAAAAGCUAUAACUUGAAAUACCUUAGGUCCCACAUAGCAUUGGUCAGCCAGGAGCCUAGUAUCUUUGCAGGUACCAUUCGGGAUAAUAUCUUGUAUGGAAAAGAGAGUUCUACCGAGACCGAGAUUGAAACUGCAGCAAAGCUUGCCAAUGCUCAUGAAUUCAUAAGCUCCAUGGAGAAUGGCUAUGAAACCUACUGUGGGGAGAGAGGAGUUCAACUCUCUGGUGGACAGAAACAAAGAAUUGCACUAGCUCGAGCGAUACUGAAAAAUCCUGCAAUCCUGCUCUUGGACGAGGCCACCAGUGCACUUGACAGCAUGUCGGAGAGUCUAGUUCAGAAUGCAUUAGACAAGAUGAUGACAGGUAGGACAUGUGUUAUUGUGGCUCAUCGGCUAUCUACCAUACAAAAAUCAGACACCAUAGCACUGAUAAAGAAUGGAAGAGUCAAAGAACAAGGAUCGCAUUCUGAUCUAUUUGCUGUAGGAAGUGGUGGCUUGUACUAUGAACUCAUAAAAUUACAGCAAGGUAGCUCAGCUGAGAUACAGCCAACAACCAUAUGAGA